AUGGCUCUGUGCUCUUUGGAGUGAACUAAGGAGGGGCACAGCCACCGAGAACCGAGCAAAGAAUAUCCUCUUUGGACAGAACCAGGACAGGAGAGACAGAGACACCGACCUGACCGGACGGUGAGGAACAGAGAAGCCAGGAAACCAGACAAAGGAAGAGGCGGAGGUGCGAGGAAAGGGAACGAGGGGAUCGGAGAGAUCGCAUCGGUCAGCGACGGCGAGGCCAGAUCAGAGAUGGCCGGGUUCCUGGACAACUUCCGGUGGCCAGAGUGCGAGUGCAUCGACUGGGGCGAGAGACGCAACACCGUGGCCUCCGUCGUCGCCGGAGUGCUGUUCUUCACUGGCUGGUGGAUUAUGAUUGAUGCAGCAGUGUGUUACCCAUCACAGGAGAAGCUCAACCACGCCUUCCACACGUGUGGAGUCUUCUCUACACUUGCCUUCUUCAUGAUUAAUGCAGUGUCCAAUGGCCAGGUGCGGGGGGACACCUACGGAGAGGGCUGCCUAGGCAGGACAGGAGCACGGCUCUGGCUCUUCAUCGGCUUCAUGAUGAUGUUCGGCUCCCUCAUCGCCUCCAUGUGGAUCCUGUUCGGAGCCUACGUUGUGCCCAAGAAGGAGGUGUACCCAGGACUGGCCGUGUUCUUUCAGAAUGCCUUGAUAUUUUUCAGCACGCUGAUCUACAAGUUUGGAAGGACGGAAGAUUUGUGGGGUUGAAGCGUUGCGCCAAGACACAACAUCUCAGCCUCUCCGCACCUCUCUGCUCUCUCUCUGCCUCUCUCCUCUUCCUCCACUCGCCCGCUCACGGACCGAAUUCAGGGAACAUAUAAUGUGGUGUUUGGAUGCCCCCACUGGACGCCAAUGCGGGUGUUUCAGUGGACCCGAAUCCUUACACUGUGAUCUCCUCCCUAUGUGUGCAUAUACCGCCAUUCAAACUAGGGCCCGGGGCCAGUCCUGCAGCACCACCAGGACCUCAGCCUACACCGCUCUUGUACAGCAUCUGCCCAGCUUCACAGCUUGCAGAAUGCAGGGUAGCGCUUCCCAGACUGCACAGCAUUCCCGGCCGUUCGAUGUUAACCAGUCAAACGGCUUUGCCCACCACAGCUGAGCACUUUGGUGCGAGUCCUUGAGCUGUGGAUAGCGCAAUUGCUCUUCCCGCUAUGGGGAUGUUCUGCCCCCAAUCACAGUGAAAUCCUGUUGUAUGUUGCUGAGGUCCUGCCAGUAAUGGCCAGUUAGCUACAGUAUAAAUAGGGGAGGUGAAGAACAUACCUUUAUUUCACUGAAUUUUAGGAUUUUAGGAUUAACAGGCAUCAUCCUUCAGCAACUGAUCACACUUUGUUUUACUAUGCCUAUAUGUGGUCACUCUUCACUGUCUCCUUUGUACACUUCACAUGAAAUUGCUUUUUAAGAGUAGUGGAAAAUGGGUGUUAGGUAAAUGAUCUCUGACCUCUUUUUCCUUAGUUCCUUAGUUUCCUUAAUUCAGUGUGACAUGUCAGUUACGGGUGAUUGCUCCUUACAUUGGUAAGCUUGUUAAUUCUUAAAAAUGAUCAAAAAACGGUGCAAGACAAUUUUUAGUUUAAAGGUAUGCUAUCCCUCCUAUAUGACUCUUCUGCCAGAAGAGGUUCCUACAGGUAGUUACAGGUUAAUCUGUAUUUACAUGUGAAGGCACAUGACUUCACUAAUACAGUAAACACCUUGGAGCUGAUUGGUUGCCCCACGUAUCCCUUGGAAGCAGAGGCCCCGCCCUAGUUUGAUCUGCUUAUUUGAAAUAUAGUUUGUUUGUGUCCAUGUUAUUUCACCUCAGCAAACAGAACUAAUUAAGCCUGUUGAAAUCUUUCUCAACUUUUUUUUAACUAUGUGCUCAAUUCAUUAUCUUGCUUACAUUCCAAGGAUAUGUUGAUGUACCUUCCAAAAAUGAAGAAAAGGAAAAAAAGAAAAAAGUAUAUUGGUUGCCACGUCAUUGAAAUGAUUGUGUUUUUUGAAGUGUGUCCCAGACUGAUUCGUAAUGUUAUAACAAGGUAGUAACAUUGUCACAUCAGUGACCUGUGUAAUGUCAUGGCAGCAUUGUGGGGUUGUUAUGUUUU